AUGCUGACGCACGUCUCGGCGCCCGACUCGGAGGGCAAGGUAACUUACACUUUUAACACACAGUUGAAGGUUGAGGUCCUUCGACGGUACGAGGUACGCAGUCUGGUGGGUCGUGGUGCCUACGGCAUUGUGUGUAGUGCGGUGGAUAGCACGACGGGCGACACUGUCGCCAUCAAGAAGAUUAGCAACAUCUUUGGCGACGUGGUGGAUGGGAAGCGCAUCCUCCGUGAGGUGAAGCUGCUGGGGUUCCUCAAGCACCCCAACAUUCUGUCCCUCAAGGACCUCUUCCGCCCCUCCGACCCGGGCUUCACCGACGUCUACGUCGUGACGGAGCUCAUGUCAUCCGAUCUGCAAACUAUACUAAAGUCAUCCUCGGUGCAGCUAACGGAGGCGCAUUGCCAGUACUUCACAUAUCAGCUCUUGUGUGCGUUGCGGUAUAUCCAUAGCGCCAACGUCAUCCACCGUGACUUAAAGCCCGCCAAUUUGUUGACAAACUCGGAGUGUGAUUUAAAACUUUGCGACUUCGGCUUGGCACGGGGAAAGGGGCCGAAGAUGACGCACUAUGUAGUCACCCGCUGGUACAGACCACCUGAGCUGCUGCUGGUGAGUGACGACUACGAUGGCGCCGUCGAUCUGUGGGGUGUGGCGUGCCUUGCAGUGGAGAUGUUCACGCGGCGCCCGCUCUUCCCCGGGCGCGACUACAUCCACCAGUUGAACCUCAUAACGGAUUUGUUAGGCCUGCCGGACAUCGCGCGUGACUUGCCGCACGUGCGCUCACCCGAGGCGAUGAGCUAUUUGCGCUCCCUCCCCGCCCGUGAGCGGCGCCCGCUGGAGGCGGUGCAGCCGUCACUGCGCGAGCAGUACGCGGCGGCUGUGCUGCAGGCGCUGGAGGGCCGUGACAGCGAGGAUGGCAGCAGCGGCGCCGGUGACAGCGUCUCAAGCACCGACCACGGCGCGGACGUCGAGGCGCGAUACGCAUUGUUCAAGGAAUUUCUCUUCAAGCUGCUCACGUACAACCCCAAGGAGCGCAUGACGGCGGCGGAGGCGCUGGCGCACCCGUGGCUGCAAGAGGUGCGCACCAACUGCGGCGGCGAGGAGUUCGAAACGGAGGCGGCGGAGCGGUUCUUCUGGGAGUUCGACAGCGCCGAGCUCGGCGCCGCCCAACUGCGGCAGCUGCUCAUGAGCGAGGUCAUGCGGUGGAGUACCUGA